GUGAUCUUGAAAUCGAAAUAUAUUUGGAUUCCACUUCAACCCCGCCAAAAGAAGCUUCUCUCCUUGAUCACCGCCGGACAAUUGCAACAACUUCCUCCGCUUCUGUCACAUAAGCCCAUCUGCAUAUUCGCCAACAUGUCUCGCGUUGUUGACGGAAAGGCACCAGGGCAAUCGGCCGUUGCGCGCAAGAGAACUGGCAACAUCCCUUCAUAUGCCCCGAAUCAGACUCUCUAUGUCACGAAUAUUCCAUCCUCGAAAAUCCAAAAGUCAGAUCUGCGCAUCUCUCUCUAUAUGCUAUUCUCUACAUACGGUCCUGUCCUCGACGUGGUAGCUCUCAAGACCACGAAGAUGCGUGGCCAGGCUCACAUCGUGUAUCGAGAUGUACAAACGGCGACCCAGGCUAUGAGAGCUCUGCAAGGAUUUGAGUUGUUCGGAAUGCAGAUUCAAAUUCAAUACGCAAAGUCGAAGUCAGAUGUUAUUGCAAAGCUGGACGGCACAUUCAGAAUGCCAUCAGCAGCUGCAGGAGAGUUUACGGCUACUGAACUACAAAAGAGCAUUUUCGACGCUCCACCAUCCGCGGCAACGACUGCUGCAGCAUCGGGAGGAACAUUGAAGCCACCACCUGGACCAAGUGCUGAUCAAACCAUGGAGGAUGCGAGGAGCCCGACAGAUAGUGUGGCUGGUCUGAAGAGGCGGCGAGAUGAGGAAAGCGAGCCUGAGGAAGACAGUGAAGGCGACGUUGCUAUGGACGAGGACAGUGAUGACGACUAGGCUAAGCUCUAUGCUUGAGAUCAUUUUCGGUGUUUGGAGUUGGUGGAAGGAUUCAUCAUGUGGCGUGGCAUCAACAAAUUGGUCUAAUAGCUACAUAUAUCAGCGCGGAAUUGAAGACCAUUUUAUGUAUGAC